GCAGCUGUAUGUCUUAGAGACACUGUAAUAUCCGUGCAGAGAUCAAAGGGUUAUCAGGCGAGUAUGUCAGAUAGAGCUGACUGGGUGUCAUCGGCAAAGCAAUGGUAGGAGAUUCCAUGUGAGCAAAUAACCUGACCUAGAGAUGUGGUGUAUAUGAAAGAAGAGACAAGAAAAGGGGUCCCAUUACCGAGCCAUGGGGAACCCCAGGAACAGUGUUCUUUGGUAUAAGGAUGCUUCAUCCAAUACAAAAAGAAGUGAUUAUUCACUUGCAGCUUAAUAUGUAGAUCUCACCCUGUGUUGCAUGGCAUUGUAUUAGUAUUAAUUCUAUAAUCAAUACCAACACAGACACUCAUCACUAGUGAUUACUGGUGGUUUAAAUGUUCUGGUUGUUCGGGGUAUAUUGUGUGCACUGGAAAAAAAUGUGACCCAGUGUUUUCCUGAAGACACUCUAUGCGCUAAUACAGAGCUGUUGUGCCCUCUAGUGGAUAACCAUGCUCUUACCAUUCUUCUCUGCAUUCUUCACAGUUUUGAAGGAGAGACGUUGCGCAACAGGAGAACAAACAAUCUGAACUUCCUUGUUAUUAGUAAGUUUCGUUUCUGAGGAAGCAGAAGCUGCCGUUCAAGCUGGAGCAGAGAUCAUGGCAGGCAAAUCGUUCUCUGAUGAAGACUUUGCUUGUCCUGUAUGCUAUGAGAUCUUCACUGAGCCUGUAGUUCUGCUGUGCUCUCACACCAUUUGUAAAGCAUGUCUGACUCAUUCCUGGGAGGAGAAAGGCUUUCGAGAGUGUCCCAUUUGUAGAAAAAUCUCACUGAUUGCAGAUCCUCCUUGCAAUCUUGCUCUGAAGAACCUCUGUGAAGCUUUCCUGAAAGAGCGAAGCCAGAGAUCUUCACAGGGUCCUGAGAUCCGCUGUAACCUCCACAACGAGCUGCUGAAGCUCUUCUGCCUGGUUGACCAACAGCCGAUUUGUGUGGUGUGCCGGGACUCUAACAAGCAUCAGACUCACAGCUGUCGCACAGCUGAUGAAGCAGCAGUUGAUCUCAAGGAGGAGCUCAGGCGUAAACUGAAGCCUCUACUGGAGAAGUUAAAAGUAUUUGAAGAUUUUCUGCAAAAAUGCACUGAAACAGCAGAACACACAAAGUUUCAGGCAGAGAAGACGGAGAAGCAGAUUAAGGAGGACUUUUCAAAGCUUCAUCAGUUUCUACAACAAGAAGAAGCAGCCAGGAUAGCAGUGCUGAGGGCAGAAAAUGAGCAGAAAGGCCAGAUGUUAAAGAAAAAGAUUGAGGAGAUGAACAGAGAGAUACUGUGCCUUACAGCAACCAUUAGAUCUGUUACUGAGCAGAUCCAAGCAGACCACAUCUCAUUCCUACAGAGGUACAAAGCCACUCUGAAAAGAACGCAGUGUAACCUGAAGGAUCCUGAGACCCUCUCUGGAGCUCUGAUUGAUGUGGCAAAGCACCUGGGCAACCUGAAGUUCAGAGUGUGGGAGAAGAUGAAGGAUAUGGUUAAAUACAAUCCUGUGACUAUGGACCCCAACACAGCACACUCCAGUCUCUACGUGUCUCAUGAUUUGAGCAGCAUGCGUCUGAAUUCUGUCCAACAGGCCUGUCCUGCCAACCCAGAGAGAUUCAGCUUCUACCAGGUCCUGCUGAGCUCUGAGGUCUUUGGGCCAGGGUGUCAUUACUGGGAUGUAGAGGUGGGAAAGUGUGAAGAGUGGGCUUUAGGAGUGUGUACAGAGUCUGCCCACAGAGGAGAGAGGUUCCUGGAGAGCGGUGUGUGGCGUGUUUGGUAUUGCUCUGGAGUGUACCGGGCUGACUCGCCUGAAAAGCGCUACGUCACCCUUAGAGUGAAGCAGAGGAUCCAGAGGGUCAGAGUGCUUCUGGACUGGAGUGGAGGACAGCUCUUAUUCAUCGACCCUUUGACUAACAAACAACUACACAGCUUCACGCACAGCUUCACUGAGAGAGUCUACGCCACCUUUGCAAAUGGUAGUUCCAGCCAUUUUUUGAGAAUCCUGCCAUUGAGGGCUUGUUUAAUCCUGAAGGACAGCAGUACAGUGUAAAGCUAAAGAUAAACUUGAGUUUGGCUUUGUGUGCAGGUAGACAACUGGCUGCUUUGUGAGAAUAACUGCUCACUUUAUAGUGCACGAGUGGAGAAUUGCCGCAACAGCAAAGACAGAUUAGAAAGAUGCGAGUAGGCAUUUUUCUGCUUUUGUUUAUUGUUAAUUUCUGAGGAUUCGCACAAUAUCUCUAGCCUAAAUAUAUCUGAAACAAAUUAGGGGUAAAUGGUUAUGAAUAGGGCUGAGUAUUGACAAGAACUUGUCAUUGAUCCAAAGUUUUUUUUAUUAUUAUUAUAUACAGCCCUGGAAAAAAUUAAGAGACCACUUCAGUUCCUGAAUCAGUUUAUAUGAUUUUGACAUUUUUAGUUCAGAAAUCUAUAUUUGGUGAAAUAACCCUGGUUUUAAAUCACAGAUUUCAUGCAUCGUGGCAUGUUCUCCUCCACCAGUCUUACACACUGCUUUUGGAUAACUUUAUGCCACUCCUGGUGCAAGAAUUCAAGCAGUUCAGUUUGGUUUGAUGGCUUGUGAUCAUCCAUCUUCCUAUUAAUUAUAUUCCAGAGGUUUUCAAUUUGGUAAAAUCAAAUUGAUUUAAUUGGUCUCAUUUUUUUCCAGAGCUGUAUGGCAGACAGUACACUACAUUUUUUUUAAAUCAAAUUUUCUGAUAACUUUCAUAAUAUAACCAACACAGUACCAUUUGCAUAAAAUCUGAGAAAAAAAGAUUCAACUUUUAUCCAAUCAGAGGAGUGUGAUCUUUUAAAGAGACAAAGCAUAAAAUUGACCAAUGUCUGCCUUAAUUUUUUUUUCACGUAAACUCAAGAAAUCUGGUGUGAAAGGGACUUGGGAUGUAGUGAAACAUGAUAAUGAGUAUAAACUUUUGUCGAAUUCCCACCUCUGUUCACCCUCAGCAUUUCAAAAUACAGUGCUUUUAACUGAUGCUCCCAACAGUCUUACAAUGAGUAUAGUGUUGCUAUUUGUACACCAAUAACAAGCUCAAAUUAGCUCUACACUUCAUUGGUAGAAUUCUGAGGGGCCUCACACUUAAAACAAGGCACUGAGAACUUCUCAAAUGCACCAGUAUUUUUUACACACAGUACCUUGAGGUAGUUCUCAGGGCAACUCCAUUUUAAAAUUAAGUCACGAUAAGUCGACCCAUGAGCACAAACAAAACUACAGCUGAUAAGUCACGUUUAUGCCAUUUGUUGUAUGGUGAUCUUCAUUCUCAUCUUGACAGUCACCAGAUAGUUUCAGCAAUAGCAUUACUGUAUGUAUAAACAGUGUUUUUGAUAAACCACCUGUGUACUUUCUAAGUUCUCCGUGCCUUAUUUUAAAUGUCAGGGCCCUUGGAAUUCUACCAGUGAACUGUGGAGAGACUUUUUUGUAGCUCUUGUUGUUGUAAAUGGGAAUAAGUUUUGUUGUUUCCAUGUAAAAGGUCAGAACGCCCACUCUGACUUCCUCCGAAUAGUGCUGUAAUAUUACAUGAAACAACAAUGUAAUACAUGACAGCACAGAUAAGGAUAAAUGCUAUUGUUGUUUUUAAGUUCUUUGGAAAAUGUGAUGCCUCGCUUCCAUGAAUUAUUGCAUCAAAUGUCAAAAGGGCAUCAAACCUGUAGAUCCAGUUACUGAAUCAAUUUGUUUAAAUCCAGCACCACCAACAGCAGCAGCACACUUGAUGUAUCUUACUAUAUAUAGUUAUAAUGAACAAAACCUGGUUUUGGAAGUUACUACACAUAAGACUGAGCACACUUAAAUAGUGGUUGUUAAUCAGUAUAUAUAUAUAUAUAUAUAUAUAUAUAUAUAUAUAUAUAUAUAUAUAUAUAUAUAUAUAUAUAUAUAUAUAUAUAUAUAUAUAUAUAUAUGGUUAAAAAAUCAGUACAACUUAAAAAUAAGGCUCCUUUAUAAAGGGUUUAUAAAUAUUUUAUAAAGGAGUUUGUAAUGCGUAUAAAUUAAGUUGUAAAUUCUUUAAAAACAUUAUUAAACACUUGAUAAACACAUAGAUAGAAGAACAACAGUGACAAUUACUUUUUUAACAUAUCUAUAAAUAUAUAAAAUAUAUUUAGUCACUUAAUAUGUUAUUUUAGUUAAAUGAAUAAAGUUUUUAACAGAAAUGUUAAUGAUAGCUGAUGGAAAAGAAAAAGUAAGAUAAGCAUCUAGUAAGAUGUGAGGUUUAACAGUAUAAAUGAAUGUGGAAUCACUAUUUGGUUCACAACAGUCCACUGUUGCCCUUUCUAUUUAUGUGUUAUAACUGAUUAUUAAUGGUUUAUAACCUUAUUAUUAGCAUUAAGACACUUUUACAAACUAUUUAUAAACCAUUUAUAAAGGAGGCUUAUUUUAAAGUGUUACCAAAAAAUCUUAAAAACAUGAAGGAAGGUUAAUUGUGUUUAUUCUAACAUUACUGUCCAGUCUGAAGAUUAAAUUUCUCACACUGGUGUACCAUGUGCUUUUGUGUUAUGAUUUAUGUUGUGUUAUGAUUUAUGUAUGGAUGUUCUUAUUUUAAUCUAAUUUGCUGUUAUUUUUAUCCUUCUGAAUCUGGUAAGCUGGAAGCUGGUAAAACUAGUUAAACUGGUUGGCUUGUUUUGCUCUUGACCUACAUAGGAUAUAUUUUCAUUUAAGUUUGAUGGCUGGUGAUGAUGAGCCCAACCAAGUAUGACCAGAUCAUCCAAACUAAUUAACCACUUUGGCCAGAUUUGUUACAUUUGCUUUUACUACUUUUACUUACCACUACAACUUAUUUUUAAGACUUAUUUUACUGCAGUUAGCUCUUUUUUACCCAACAAAAAAACAGAACAAAAUAGCCAGGACAGUUAAAUCUAGUUAAGCUGGUGAACUUGGUUGGUCAGCUUUGCUCCUGACCUGCAUCAAACAGGUUUUUAUAUUAAUUUUGGUGAGUUUAUUGACCAGCCUUAAUAAAACUGUCAACCAAUAAAACCAAGCUGGUCUUAAGCUGGAUUUAGCAGGGUAUCACUCCAGAUGAUGUGUUCUGUGUCUGGCAUACAGUCUGUAUACUAUAUUUACACACACAGUUUAUAGCAAAUGAAAUAAUAAAAAUUGGGUUACGGAUGGAUUCUAAAUUGGGAGUUAUAUGUAGGAGGUUCUGUAUGAAUAUGGAAGCACUGAUUAGUUAAUGAAGCUCAUUUGCAUGUUGCCAAACUGUUAUUAUGUUUGUUUUAAAUAUUUAAAUAUUUUUCUGCAAUAUCACAUUUAAAGUUCUUGAGAAUUUUCCAUAAUUUAGCCAGGUAUAAAUCAUCACUAUAGAUUAAUAUUAAUUGUGUUUGUUCUAAUAUUACUUUCCAGACCAAAUUUUAUAUAAUCUUAAACAGUACAGUAGCUGACAAUGUGUUAUUUUAGCCUACUGAAUUUUUUUUUUUAGCAGCCAAAGCUAAAUUUUCCAGUGUUAAAUCAACAUUGAUAAUGUUAAAUAAACCACUUUUAGUAUUAAUCUUACAUUAAAGACAAGCUUAGACCAUCUAAAAUCCGACUACCAACAAAAAGUUGGUACCAACGUAACUAAAACAUUAUUUCUAUAACAUUAGAGGCUAAACUUCCUGGAAUUUAGCAAUGUUCUUAUGUGUUUUCUUUUAGCUGGGCUGAAUAAAGCAGUCAACGAAUAUGACUUAACAGGUUUACCAUCUUUAGCAGCUUGACUGAACCAGUCAACCACUAUGACCAGCCUGACAAUCUGCUUGGUCAAGCUCGUCGUGCAGAUAGACCAAGUAGUUUAUUAAAACUAUGCAUAACUAGCUUGGUUUCAACCAUUUUCAGCAUCAAAGACCAUCUUAGACCAUCCAAAAAUCCGACUACCAGCUAAAAAUUGGUCUUGAUUCUUAAAUAUGUUUAAAUACAGUAUAAUAUUACUACUGUACAUUAUAUUUACCAUAUUUGGCAUUGGAACUGCUUAUUACACAAUCCUUAAGUUUCUGAAUGAGUUCCUGUAUGAAAAUGGAAGCACAGCUCACAUAAUAAACCCCAUUGUCAUGGAACUUGUAAAAACCUAGUCUAACUGGUCUGAUGUUUCUUUUUAAAAAUGUACUUGGUGAUGCUCAUUUUUGCUCUAAAUCUGUAUAGGGCAUGAUAGGGCAUGUUUUUCAUGUUAGCUAGACUUUUUAGUGUAGUUUUACAGCAUGACCAGGUCAUGAGGUCUUCCAGGUAGCAAUUUUUGGUUAGUAGAACGUUUUCUAAAGAUUACAUUUAAUAUACUUUUUUCAAUCUGUCAAGCAUCCUAGAUGAUCUUUUUAAAAAUACUAAAAAUAGAGCAUUUUUAUGUAACAUUUUAAACAUCAUGGUAAUGUCGCUGCAACGUCACUUGUGUCAAUGUUUUAUUUAUUUAUUUUUUUCUGAAUGAUUAUUUUUUUUAAGGUUUCCCUAAUGUUAGUAUUCAUCUAGCUGGGAUCGUUAUGUGAGAAAUGUUCUAAUAAUGUUGUGAUGCAAACCAUUACGUCACAUGUUUUCAGAACGUAACUAAAACAUUAUUUCUAUAACAUUAGAUGCUGAACCUUUUCAAAACAUUGCUAAAUGUUUUUAUAGUGUUUUUCUUUUAGCUGGGCUAAAUAAAACAGAUGUAAAUAAA